GGUAAGUUUAUGCUUAUGUUCACUUGGUUUAAUCAACUGUUUUCCGAUAACUAUUCUUGUUUCUGUUAAUUAUCGAAAAAUAUUAAAAGCACUUAUUAUUAUAUGUUGUUUUUAUGGUAAGCAUUUUCAAGAAAGAUUCCUUAUAUAUAGAAGUUCGGGUUGAUUUAUGUUUUUGCUUCCCAUUUUAACAGCUUCAGAUCAGAGGAUGUCUUCUUUAUGAAGAAAGACGAGGUUUUGAUUAGUUGAUAAUCAAGAAUCCCUCAUCAUCAAAUUUCUCUCUCUCUCUCUCUCUCUCUCUCUCUCUCUCUCUCUCUCGUCCUCUUGGCUUCUUCGAUUUCAGCUCUCAUUCAGUGUAGAUGUUAUAGAAUUAUCAGCCAGCUGAGAUGGCCAAGAAAGGACCUCAUCAAACAUGUUCAAUGUUGCUCAUGUUCAUGCUCAUGCUCUUGUUCUUGAAUUCUAGCAUGUUACAUGCACAGGAACUUGAGCUUCUCUUGUCCUUCAAAUCUUCCAUCAAUGAUCCUUUGCAAUAUCUUUCCAACUGGAACCCCUCUGUUACUUUCUGCAAUUGGCAAGGCAUCACUUGCAACAACUCUUCUCGCAUUAUGGUCAUUGAUCUCCCAGGGAAAAACAUCUCUGGUAAGCUUUCCCUGUCAGUCUUUCAGUUGCCAUAUAUUGAAACUAUAAAUCUUUCAAGCAAUCAGCUCUCUGGGCAAAUUCCUCAUGACAUUUUCUCUAGCACCUCGCUUCGAUUCCUCAAUCUUAGUAACAAUAAUUUCACUGGCUCUAUACCAAGGGGCUCAAUUCCCUGCCUGGAGAAACUAGAUCUAUCUAAUAAUAUGCUUGAAGGGAAAAUUCCGACGGAAAUUGGAUCCUUUUCGAACCUAAAGUUUCUUGAUCUUGGUGGAAAUGUUCUGGUGGGCACAAUUCCAAUCUCUUUAACAAACAUCACAAGCUUGGAAUUCUUGACUUUGGCUUCAAAUCAAUUAGUUGGCCAAAUUCCAAGAGAAUUGGGCCAAAUGAGGAGCUUGAAGUGGAUUUACUUGGGUUAUAACAAUCUUUCAGGCCAAAUUCCAAAAGAAAUGGGGGAAUUAACUUGUUUGAAUCACCUUGAUCUUGUCUACAACAACCUCACUGGGUCAAUUCCAUCCUCUCUAGGGAACCUCACAAGUGUUCUCUACCUCUUUCUCUACCAGAACAAGCUUACAGGUUCAAUUCCAAAAUCCAUUUUUGGUCUCAGAGAGUUGAUUUCCCUUGAUCUUAGCGAUAAUUCUCUCUCCGGUGACAUCCCAGAACUCAUAGUUCAGUUGCAAAACUUGGAGAUUCUUCAUCUUUUCUCCAACAACUUUACUGGAAAAAUCCCCGGUGCUUUAAGUUCCUUGCCUCGUCUCAAAGUCCUUCAGCUUUGGUCUAACAACUUCUCUGAUGAGAUUCCAAAAGAUCUUGGGAAGCAAAACAAUCUCACUGUAGUAGACCUUUCCACAAAUUCUCUCACUGGAAAAAUCCCUGAAGGUCUAUGCAGUUCAGGCAAUCUCUUUAAGCUCAUCCUCUUCUCAAAUUCACUUGACGGUGAAAUUCCCAAGAGUUUGAGCACUUGCAAAAGCUUGCAGCGAGUGCGUCUCCAAGACAAUAAUUUAUCUGGUGAAUUGCCAAUAGAAUUCACCAAACUGCCGCUUGUGUAUUUCUUGGAUAUCUCAAGCAACAAUUUUUCAGGCAGGAUUGAUACGAGAAAAUGGGAGAUGACUUCGCUUCAAAUGUUGAGUUUGUCAAGAAACAGAUUUUUUGGAGGCUUGCCUGAUUCAUUUGGCAGCGACCAGAUUGAGACCUUGGAGUUGUCCCUAAACAGAUUUUCAGGUGCUAUUCCUCGCACUUAUGGUAGUUUAUCAGAGCUAGUGCAACUGAAUGUAAGUGGAAACAAGCUCUGUGGUGAAAUCCAUGAUGAUUUAUCUUCAUGCAAGAAGCUUGUAAGUCUAGACCUCAGCCACAACCAGUUCAGUGGCCAAAUCCCAGUUAGUUUUUCGGGAAUGCCAGUUCUUAGUAUUCUUGAUUUAUCGCAGAAUCAAUUAUCAGGCGAAAUUUCAAUAAAUUUGGGAAGAGCGGUAUCGCUUGUUCUAGUGAACAUAUCACACAAUCAUUUUCAUGGCAGUUUACCAUCCACAGGAGCUUUUCUUGCAAUAAAUGCAAGUGCAGUAGCUGGUAAUGAACUUUGCGGCGGUGAUACUUCUAGUGGUUUGCCUCCAUGCAGAAAGGUAAAGAAUCCCAUGUGGUGGUUUUAUGUUGCUUGUAUUCUUGGUGCUUCUGUGGUCCUUGCUCUUGCUGCCUUUGGAAUUGUGUUGAUUCGAGGGCGAAAGAAUUUAGAGCUGACAAGAGUGGAAAAUGACGAUGGGAUAUGGGAAUUGCAAUUCUUCCAUCCCAAGGCAUCAAAAUCUGUAACCAUCGAUGAUAUUUUAUCGUCCAAGAAAGAAGAAAACAUCAUUCAUAGGGGCAAGAAAGGGCUUUCAUACAAGGGGAAGUCCAUCAUAAACGACAUGCAGUUCAUGGUAAAGGAAAUAAAUGAUGUGAAGUCAAUUCCAUUAAAUUUUUGGCCCGAGAUCGCUGAAUUUGGCAAGCUUCAGCAUCCAAACAUCGUCAAGUUAAUUGGAGCUUGUCGUUCAGAUAAGGUUGCGUAUCUGGUCUAUGAGUACGUAGAAGGCACAAAUUUAAGUGAAAUUCUUCGGAGUUUGAGUUGGGAACGGCGACGGAAAAUCGCCUUUGGAAUUGCGAAAGCUCUUCGAUUCGUGCACUGCUAUUGUUCGCCGGCUGUUCUAGUUGGUUACAAGUCAACGGAGAAAAUUAUGGUGAACGGAAAAGAUGAGCCUCGCCUGAGACUGAGCCUUCCUGACCUGCUCUCCAUUGACACCAAGUGCUUCAUCUCUUCGGCCUACGCUGCCCCUGAAAUUAAAAACUCAAAAGAUACCAAUGAGAAGAGCGACAUAUAUGAAUUUGGUUUCAUCCUGAUCGAGCUAUUGACCGGAAAAAGUCCGGCCGAUGCUGAAUUCGGCGUCCAUGAAAGCAUCGUAGAGUGGGCCAGGUAUUGCUACUCCGAUUGCCAUCUAGACAUGUGGAUUGAUCCAAUGAUCAAAGAAGAAGCAUUGAUUAACCAGAAUGAGAUGGUUGAGACCAUGAAUUUAGCUCUCCAUUGCACAGCUACAGAGCCUACGGCUCGACCAUCUGCAAAUGAUGUGUUCAAAACCCUUCGCUCUGCUUUCACGACAAGCUCUUGUGUUUCACGUCUACACUUUUCUUCAUCUUUUUAGUGUUCCUUCGAUCACCUAUAAUUUUUGUUCAGGUUUUGAUUUUUUUUUUUUCAAUUUUCGUUUUAUAUUGGUUUUCUAGCUUUAUUAUAAGAUGCUAUAAAAUGAUUGUUGCUCAAAUGUUUUGUUUGAUAAUGGUACGUUUGACAUACUAGUGAAUGUAAAAUUGUAGAUAUUAAAUGCUCAUUGUAUGAAUUAUAAUCUUCUUUA